GGACAAAAUGGCGGACGAUCACAUCACGCUCGACUCGGUGUUGUUGAAAAUUUCGUAAGUUGAAUUGCUUUUCUUGUCCCGGUUUCUCUAUAUAAUGGUUAGUGCUGACUUUUUUAAGAAAGCAGCAAUAUGUGGAGCUGCUGUUUCUGUGAUUGGAGCGGCAUUCUUUCAUCAUAGAAUACAAGUAAAAAUAGCUUCCCAGGACUAUUAUAAAAAGUCAGUUCAGGCACUGAAAAACCAUCAGCUUGCCACAGAAACUAUUGGGAAGCCUCUAAGGAUUCCUUACAUAAAUCUUGCAAGGAAAGAUAUCAAAAUUGACCACAAGACUGCGCAGAUAGUUAUUCCUGUCAGAGGAAGUAAAACAAAAGGAAAUUUAUUUUCCUUUGCCACCAGGACAGAAGAUAAGGGUAUUUUCAGAUGGUCAUUAGAAAGAGUUGAGCUUGAUGUGGAUCAUGGCCGACACAGGAUAAAAAUUGUGCCAGAAGAUUGAUUGACUUAAAUAAUGGGAGAGUCCUGUCCUACAGACCUACAGUUCUGUAGUAAACCCUCACCAGUGGAAGGCAAUGAAAAGUAAAAGAAUCAUCAUCAACUGCAAGAAUCCAUGAUUUGAUAUGGAAAUAAUAAUGUUACAGACAUCAAGAACAGUAAAUGUUGUUUUAUCUUACUAAAAUUAAUGAAGAUCAAGAAAUUAAAUUAAAGCAAGCAUUAGCAUGAAGGCAGAUGAAGUAUGCAUUAUCACUGCAAGACAUCAUCCAAAUCACCUGAUGUGAAUAAAAUAUUCCCAACAAACUUUCAAGAACAUGCUCAGUGUACAAUUACAUCCAUUGUUAAACUUAAAUUAUUUAUGUUUAACAAUGGAGAAUACUUUCAACUGUCAUGUUCAUUUUGGAAUCUUAAAUGCGCAAGCAUUUUUAAACUUAUUUCAGUAAACAAAGACAAUUCACAGGGUUUUUUGUCCCCUAGUUUUAUUCGGUAUCACAAUCCAUCAGCUACUGUGUACAAAACACAGAAAUAGUACAUAACUGUAAAAUACUUUCUCUAGUCAUAGUGCAGUAGCUGGAAAAACUAACAACAUUGCCGUGGUCAGUAAAACUCUCUUUACAUACAUACGUUUAUUCCACGUCCCCAAGGGUCUUUUCAGUGAAAUAUGUAACAAACAACACUUACUCGUUUCUUUUAUGAUUGUAAAGAUUAUUUAGGAAUCUAAAUUUUAGUUGUUGUUGUUGUUGUUUGACUUUUGAUCCACUGAUGAUAGUCAACUUGUGAAGUCUGCAAAGUUGUCAAUAAGAUUUAGAUUAUCUUACUGCGUUUACUUUGAUUGUAUAUCUUUCCUGUUGCUGUUUAAAAUAUCAACUUUGUCAAAUUCCUAUCAAGCAUUUCAAACUUCGUUUUAAGAGCAACACAUCUUUGUACUGGUGAACUUAAGAGAGAUGGAGUCAUGUUUCGACCCAUCCACGCAAUAUUCACGUGGUUUUUUUAAAAAUUUGUGUUCCUCCUACCUACUCGUUUUAGUUGUCACAUUUAAAGAUAAACAAAGUAUUAGGGAACAGCUAACAAAACAGCCUCACUGCAUGAAAGGACUAGAACUAUCUGAGUGUGUGUGUGUGUGUGUGUGUUUUUUUUUUUNGGGGGGGGGGGCAAAUAAUGAUACCACCCCACUAUUCCUUUACCCAAAAGCCACCCCC